GUUGAAGAAGACAGCGAUGCAGAGACCUUUGGAGAAGAGAAUGAUGAACAGGGAAUUUAUUCUAAAAGAAAGAUCGUCUCUAACUGGGAUCGAUAUCAAGAUAUUGAAAAGGAAGUCAAUAAUGAAAGUGGAGAAUCACAGCGGGGGACAGAUUUCAGUGUCCUCCUCAGCUCUGCAGGGGACUCCUUCUCACAGUUCCGGUUUGCUGAGGAGAAAGAAUGGGACCGUGAAGCUUCAUGUCCAAAACAGAAUUCAGCAUUUUACGUGGAUAGCGAGUCACUGGUCCGAGCCCUGCAAGAACUGCCUCUGUCUGUUCGACUGAACGUUGCUGCCGAGUUGAUCCAGACUACAGUUCCUUUAGAGCUUCCUCAAGUGAAACCAAGGAUAAAUGAUGAUGGCAAAGGACUGGGAAUGCAGUUGACGGGGCCCUUCGGUCCUGGAGGAAGGGGGCCCAUCUCUGAGCUGAAAUCUGCUACAGCUGGCUGCCCCAUGUCCCUGGGCAAAGACAGCCCAAGGCCGGGUCCCUCUGGUACUCAGAAGCCUGCUUCCCCACAGCAGCCAGCAGCAGACCACUUGGAAGAAGAACUAGAUUUGCUGCUUAAUUUAGACGUGCCUAUAAAAGAGGGAGAUGACAUCUUGCCAGAGCAGACAUCUCAGGACCUAAAAUCCAAGAAAGAUGAGGUGGUGGCCCAGGAGGAAAAAGUUCCUGUAAAACCAUCUGUGACUGAAGAAAGGAACAUGGAAUCUGAGCAACCUAAUACAUCAAAAAAGGUUACUGAGGAAGAGCUGGAAGACUGGUUGGACAGUAUGAUUUCCUGAGAAAGAAAGAAGAAAAAGGGCCUGAAGCCAAUGUUGGUUGCCUUCUAAGUAAGGGCAGGCACCAGACUCCUUCAGGAACAGGGAGUUUGCAUGCAUGCCCCAAGCCAGUGUGUUCCAUCACGCUUACAGCAGUGAAUGCUACCUCUCUGACAGCAGCUAACAUAAUACAUGUUAGGGGCUUGUUGCAUUUGUCUUCGGGCUUAGCAAUCUGAUAGAUUUCUUUAAGGGCAGGGGAUGUUAUGGCCCUUAUUUCCAGCCUCCUUCCUCUCAAUGUUUACAGAAUUGCAGGUGCUGCUGUAUAAGAGAAUGGAUGUAAGCAUUUGGCCAAAAUAAACAAACGCUGUGCUAUGGGUA